AUAUAGUAAAUAGCAGAUCCAGGAUCAAACCCAGUCCUGCCUCAUUCCAGUUCUGUGUCUUGUCUACCCUACAGUGGAACUUAAGAUGGUGAGGGGCCCUGAGAGGAGAAAAGUGACAAGAAUCUUCUUGAGCAGUGAGAGAAGAGGGAUGCAGGGAGGAUGGGAGAUGUGUGUGCAUCUCUGUAUGUGUUGUCUGGAUGUGGGGGGCCAAGGCCAGAUUUGUAGGACCCUGGAGACCAUAACAAGGACUUUGGAUUUUGUCUAAGUAUGAUGGGGAGAUGCCAGAUUUUUUAAAAAUUUUUUUGAGACAGAGUCUCACUCUGUUGCCCAGGCUGGAGUGUAGUCGUGUGCUCUCGGCUCACUUCUGCCUCCCGGUUCAAGCAAUUCUCCUGCCUCAGCCUCCCAAGUAGCUGGGAUUACAGGUGCCUGCCACCACACCUGGCUAAUUUUUGUAUUUUUAGUAGAGACAGGGUUUCACUAUGUUGGCCAGGCUGGUCUCGAACUCCUGAACUCAAGUGAUCUGCCUGCCUCGGCCUCCAAAGUGCUGGGGUUACAGGCGUGAGCCACCAUUCCCAGCCACCAGAUGGUUUUUAGUACAAGAAUGACACUGUAUUUUAAAAGAAUUAUUCAGUUUCCUGCUUAUAUGGGGAUAAUACCCCAUAUAAGGUUAUCAUGAGGAGUAAAUUGGAGAGAUUAAGUGAGAGGACUCAUAUAAGGGUCUUUGUAGGUGCGAGGCAGAAUAGACAGUUGAGUGGAUAUCGGCCAUAAUGGUAACAUAGUCGGCGCACUGAGGAAUUCAGGGUAGGGCUGGGAGCUGGAGACAGUAAUAACCUGGGGGUCUGUGCGUCCAAGAGAUGGUAUAGAGAUAGUUCCACUAGUCAGCCUAAGUCUGGGUGCACUUCACUGUAAUCCCAGCACUUUGGGAGGCUGAGGUGGGAGGAUCAGUUGAGUCCAGGAGUUGGAGACCAGCGAAACCCAAUCGCUACAAAAAAUACAAACAAAACAAAACACAAAAAACGGUGGCUCUAGUGCCUGAUAUAAACGACUUGGGGUACAGGCCCUAAGUCAGGUACGCUGCUGCCCAAGAGCCUGACUGGUAGAUGGAGAUGCGAAAGGGGCACAGGGCUCUCUAGGUAAGCAGGAGGCAGCAAGAAUGACAGUUCCAGGGGUUUUACGUGGAAGGAAGAGGAGGCCAGGAGGAGGGGACUUCAGGUCAGAUUGAGGAGGCAUGUGCCAUCCGGAGGAGGAGACUGUCGAUGUAAUUAUGAAAGUCCAAGUCCUGGCUGCUUUUCCACUGCCCUGGUGUACAACCUCAGGCCCUGCAGACUGCACAUCUGAGGACCCCUGCCUGCCCUGUCUGGCUUCUCUGAAUCUAAUAAGGGAGAGGAUGCAUAUGGAAAAAGAACACGGAACAGAGAGAGAGAGAGAAAAAAAAAGCACCAAGGUCCAAGUUCAGAGAGCCCUGGUAAUUUUAACUUGCAACUCACCUAAGAAGAGCCUAACGGUCGCAAGAGUAUGUAGGAAGGCCCCAACCCGACCCUGCCCAGUACAUAGCACCCAAGGGCGGCUGGAAGCGCAAUGCGCGUGCCGAGUACAGCGCUAUUCAGUCCGCAGGCUUUUUGAGGAUUUCAAUUUCAAAGAAGGGUCGGUUUCGGGGCCGACUUUGCUUCAGUCCCAGGCCUCGGGAGGCAGCGGGGAGACAGACUGGGACACCAAGCAUGCAGAAGGGGAGGGGUCUUGAAAUAGACGGAAUGCGAGAAGGCUCCCCUCCUGGCCAGCCUUGCUGGGCGAAGUGAGAAGCACUGAGGCCUGAGGAGGCUCCACGAAUGCGCAAAGGGCCGCUCGCUGUGAUUACUCGGGUGGCGAUGGUCGUGAUGAUGCCGCUGCCCCGCCUGCGCCGAAAGGGAAACCCCAGGGGAGGCGGAGGCCAGCGGGGAUUUCUCAAGCCAGGUGGUCCCCUUCAUCCACGACGGACAGGAAGGGCGACCUCCCGAGGCCACUUUCAGGUCUUGCGACCGGAGCAGAGCUACCACGGAGACGCUCCUCCCGAGGCCUCACGCGUCGGAAGGUUCUGUCCCCUGGAUUCCGGCUGACUGACGCGUCCCCAGGGCAGGUUCUCGGUAGCAGCCGACACGCCCCACUCCGGGCACAGCGAGAUCUGAGGACCACGCUGAGGCGUCAUUUCCGCCCUGAUUCGCGGCCGCUAUAGAAGGGGCGGAGCCGUAGCGGAGGGCGCGCCGCUUGGACGUCAUUUCCGGUGAGCCCGGCAGCGACAACGGCAACAUGGCCCUGAACGGAGCCGAAGUCGACGACUUCUCCUGGGAGCCCCCGACUGAGGCAGAGACGAAGGUGCUGCAGGCGCGACGGGAGCGGCAAGAUCGCAUCUCCCGGCUCAUGGGCGACUAUCUACUGCGCGGUUACCGCAUGCUGGGCGAGACGUGCGCGGACUGCGGGACGAUUCUCCUCCAAGACAAACAGCGGAAAAUCUACUGCGUGGCUUGUCAGGAACUCGACUCAGACGUGGAUAAAGAUAAUCCCGCUCUGAAUGCCCAGGCUGCCCUCUCCCAAGCUCGGGAGCACCAGCUGGCCUCUACCUCAGAGCUCCCCUUGGGCUCUCGACCUGUGCCGCAGCCCCCAGUACCUCGUCCGGAGCACUGUGAGGGAGCUGCAGCAGGACUCAAGGCAGCCCAGGGGCCACCCACUCCUGCUGUGCCUCCAAAUACAGAUGCCAUGGCCUGCACAGAGACAGCCCUCUUGCAGAAGCUGACCUGGGCCUCUGCUGAACUGGGCUCUAGCACCUCCCUGGAGACUAGCAUCCAGCUGUGUGGCCUUAUCCGCGCAUGUGCGGAGGCCCUGCGCAGCCUGCAGCAGCUGCAGCACUAAGAGAAGCCCCUGAGAAAAACCCUCUAGAAAAACA